CAGCAUCCACCACUAACUAAAUGUUGUGUGAAACUAAAUGGACAGUUUGCGUUGGCCUGCGAUAAAUAUAAAUUCAGCAUUAUAAUAUAUUUCAUUUGGAAACUUGAUUAAAUUGAAAAACCAGUAACCCAGCAUAAUUUGCCAGCAUGACGACCAAACAUAUGUAUUCUACAACAAAUUUAUCUGAUCUUCAAUUGAAAGAGCAAGGAAACUGUUUAUUUGCAGCUCGCAAAUACGACGACGCAAUAAAUUGUUAUUCGAAAGCCAUUAUAAAAAACCCAACAAAUGCUACCUUUUUCACAAAUCGUGCGCUUUGCAAUCUGAAGCUAAAGCGAUGGGAGCUGUGCUGUCAAGAUUGUCGGCGAGCUUUGGAUAUCGACGCUAACUUGCUAAAAGGACACUUUUUCUUGGGGCAAGGCCUUAUUGAGAUAGACAGCUAUGACGAAGCAAUAAAGCAUCUCCAACGCGCUUACGAUUUGUCAAAGGAACAAAGGCAAAACUUUGGUGAUGAUAUUACAUUACAAUUACGACUUGCUCGCAAAAAACGCUGGAAUGUCUUGGAAGAAAAACGAAUGCAAGAAGAGAUUGAACUUCAAAGUUAUUUGAAUCGAUUAAUUAAAGAUGACAUGGAAAGUCGUUUAUCCAAUUUAAAACUAAAUGAAAACUUACAUGAAGAUCAGCUAAAAGAAAAGCAACAAGAAAUUGAACAAGAGUGUGAUGAUCAUAUAAAAGAGCUCAACAAUAUCUACUCAAAAGUUGAUGAACGACGAAGGAUUAACAUUGUGACGGCGGAAUUGGGCAUUAAGUCCUAGUCCGUAUAGUUAUUGGCCAGGUUACAGCCCAGACCUCAAUAUGGUAAACAAUGUCGAGGCCCUUAUGACUGGUUGAGUUAGGGGAAAUUAUAGAAGGCUUUACACGAUUCGAUGUGUAAUAAAAGCAAUGCCAAACUUAAAAACAAAAUAAUUGUGAAAUAUUGUUUAUUAUUAAUUUAGAGAAAACAAACAACAAUAAAACCAAAAAAAUUCACGAAUCGAAUAACGUUUGGGGAAACCCCAGGCUGUAGAAGUAAAAAAUUAGUGCGAUUUUAGAGUGUGCCUUUUUUGUUCGGUUUUGUUCGAAGCGUAUAUGAAAAGUUUAAUUUUGCUGCCUAGUGUUAUCAGUAGACAGGAAUAUUAGAAUCCUGUAUCACAUCCACGAUUGUAAAACGUAAAAUUUA